AUGAUGCUACCGAAGCUGCGCUCGUCCGCGGCCGUGCGCUGCUCGCAAGUCCUCCAGCGUCGCGCGGUGACGACGCUGCCCAAGGCCAUCGCCGACACGUACGAGUCGCCGGACCAGUACUUUGACUCGGACCGCAUCGAUGCCGGCGACCCGUCGAAGCGCGCGUUCACGUACUUUAUGCUCGGCGGCGCGCGUGUGGCGUACGCGACGGCGGCGCGGCUGGCGGUGGUCAAGUUUGUCGGCAGCAUGAGCGCCUCGGCCGACGUGCUGGCGCUCUCGACGGCCGAGUUUGACUUGAGCAACAUUAGCGAAGGCUCGACCGUGACGGUCAAGUGGCGCGGCAAGCCCAUCUUUAUCAAGCACCGGACGGCAAAGGAGAUUGACAUUUCGGAGCAGGUGGACGUGAGCCAGUUGCGGGACCCCGAGACGGACGCCGUGCGCGUGCAGAAGCCCGAGUGGCUCGUGGUGCUGGGCGUGUGCACGCACUUGGGCUGCGUGCCCACGUCGGACGCCGGCGAGUACGGCGGUUGGUUCUGUCCGUGCCACGGCUCGCACUAUGACCUCUCGGGCCGUAUUCGCAAAGGCCCAGCGCCGCUGAACUUGGAGAUCCCGCCGUACCAGUUUAUUGAAGACAAUAAGGUGCUCUUGGGAUAA